AUGCCCGCGAGCCCGCGUUUGGGUACGAUGCACUCUCUAAAUGGCUAUUUUUAUUCCUCCUCCAAACAGAAGCUGGGUGAAGGACUAGCAAAGCUGCGGACGGCGAGAGAGGCUCCGUCAGACUGCAUGUGCCCCCCAGGCCCUCCGGGGAGGCGGGGGAAGCCCGGCCGGCGCGGAGAACCCGGUCAGCCAGGACAGUCAGGACGCGAUGGUUACCCGGGGCCUCUGGGUUUGGAUGGCAAACCAGGACCCCCGGGACCGAAAGGGGAAAAGGGUGAAGCAGGGGACGUCGGCCCAAGGGGCGAUCAAGGUCAAGAUGGAGCCACUGGCCCUCCUGGUCCACCAGGACCCCCAGGUGCUCGGGGGCCUCCUGGUGACACGGGAAAAGAUGGCCCACGAGGACCUCCAGGCCCCUCUGGUUUCAAAGGCGAGCCAGGAGAGGAUGGCCUCGUGGGCGCCCGGGGACCUCCAGGACCAAAGGGUGAGCCCGGCAUCCCAGGCAAAAAGGGUGAUGAUGGGAUCCCUGGGGAGCCAGGACUUAUGGGUCCUAAGGGAGAAAAAGGAAGCGCUGGUCCCAAGGGAGAGAACGGCACGGACGGCUCCCCAGGAGCCAAGGGUGAACCUGGUGAGAAGGGAGGAAUCGGCUCCGUCGGACCCCGGGGUCCCCCUGGCCUGAAAGGGGAGCAGGGUGACACUGUGGUGAUCGACUACGAUGGCCGAAUCCUGGAUGCGCUCAAGGGUUCGCCGGGUCCCCCAGGGCCGCCGGGCCCCCAAGGCGCUCCAGGUCCCAAGGGAGAGCUGGGCUUGCCAGGUCCACCUGGACUGGACGGUGAAAAGGGAGCAGAAGGGCCAAAAGGAGACAGAGGAGAAAAAGGAGACACCGGGUCACCGUGUCUGCAGAACAACCACAUCAUACCCGAGCCCGGACCCCCCGGAUUACCCGGCCCUAUGGGUCCUCCAGGAAUCCAGGGGCCUAAAGGCUUGGAUGGUGCAAAGGGAGAAAAAGGCGACAGCGGUGAGAAGGGGGACCACGGCGACGCCGGACCUGCUGGCCUCCCCGGUGCUCCAGGGCUCAUCGGUUUACCCGGUACCAAAGGAGAGAAGGGAAAGCCAGGGGAGCCAGGAUUGGAUGGUUUCCCAGGUCUGAGAGGAGAGAAAGGAGAGAGGAGCGAAAGAGGGGAGAAGGGUGAGCGAGGAAUACCGGGGCGAAAAGGAGCCAAAGGGCAGAAGGGGGAACCGGGCCCUCCCGGACUGGAUCAGCCUUGUCCCGUGGGACCAGACGGACUGCCAGUAGCAGGAUGUUGGCAUAAGGUACAGUAAUAAUUACAAUUGUGAGUUCUUGAGCAGGUCCUGAGUGGUUUUGUUGGCUGCAUGGUGACUGUGCUCUGCGCUUCCUUUAAGCAAGAGGUUAUGUGCCUGGCAGACAAACGCCGUGCCUUGGGAGCGCAGGAUUCCAUCUAGGGUCGUGUCUUCUUCCCCACGGCUGUAGGCUGGUGCUAGGAACACCGCUCCAAAAACUUGCUAAGCGUGAAAAAUCCUUGAUGGUGUCGGUAGCAAUGCCCCUUUUCCCGGCUUGCUCAGGCCAGGCUUCUAUUACAGCCCCGGCAGUUUUGGAACCACUGGUGCAAAGACCGCAGCCCCCUGCAAAACGCGCUCGUGCGGCUCAGACCAAGCAGCCGAGACUUUUACCGUGGGUUACUUCUUUGUCGCCGAGCUCCAAAGCCUUCAUUCCCAAACACAGGCUUUUCUGCCACGGCAGUUCUAAUGCACACCCACCGCGCUGCUCCGGGGCUCAACUCGGACAGUCGGGAGGGCGUGCGCAGGCACUCGUGCUGUCCCGCGCACCCAGCGCAGCCGGGGCUGCGAGGGCCAAAGGCAGCGGUGCCAGGAGGGCGAGGAGCGAGGUGUGCCCGGCCGGGCCUUUGAGCCGGACUGAGCCAGACUUGCAGGAGGAUGCGGUAACCUCCUGCUCCGACGCGGGUCCGGCACUGCAGCCGAGGGGAAUCACUGACCCUGGUUCAAACACGUGGUGCGUGGAUGCAGUUCGAGUCGGUAGCAAGCUGCUAACUGGCUGCAAACCCUGGGUUAGAACGUGAGCAUGCCCUUAGCAUGAGAGUGUUUUUAAUUAAAGUCGUUUGGACGUACUGUUAAUAUGUAAAAGAAAUCUGAAUGGCAAUCCUUACAAUAUUAACAAGAUUAGUGAGCGUAACGAAUGGAGCAUCAUUCUUUGAUUAAAACGUUUGUCUGUGUGUUCUUUUUCAGUGAUC